AUGUCUUCCCCAUUUCCCCUCCUCCGUCUUCCUCGAUUGGUCCUGUGUGAGGUAUUCAAAUCAUUGAGUAUUGGAGAAAAAAUCAAACUCUCUCUCUGCUCCAAAAAAGUCUCCGCUCAAUUCAAUAAUGCUCGUUUCUACUCUCAAAGAGUUAUGGUCUAUCUGGACAUGUUAAAUCAAAACAUCAAAGUUCGCUCUGAAACUGACAAAGAUAAAUUUGAAAUCUCCAUUCAUCCACAUUUCGGAAUGAGCAACGAUCCAGAUAUGCAACAGUAUCGAAUUGAAGGGCGUACUGUACCUGGCACCUCCUGCCGUAUAAGAAUCACAACAUUCUGGGAGAAGCCUCGAGAAGGAUCUUUGUCUGUUUUACGGCAUAUCUUGAAGAUUUUUGAAUGCAAGAUUUCAACAAAUCGUGACUACGAUAGUGAUUUAUAUCAAUCAACAAUUUCAUUGUUGUUUGAUCUACAAAUGGAAUUCAAGACGCUCACUAUACACCUUAAAGGAUCAAAAGGCGACAACUUGUUGUGGAACCAGAUAUCCAACAAACUUGGACUGGUCGAGGAUCUUACCAUCUCGUCAAGUUUGGAUCCUGGUUUCAGACCAGUUUUCACUUCAUGGCCACAGAAAAUUAAUAUCAUGUGUAUCAUGUGCAAUUGGUUUACUCUUGAAACUCUUUUGGACUGCACUUGCACUACAAUUAUACUCGACGAGUCUCAUUUGGGAAACAAGGAUUUGGAUGUGAUACUCAAGAAUUGGAUGACUGGAGGGUUACCGAAUCUAGAAUAUCUGAAGAUCCAGAGUCAAAACAUUUCAAAAAAUGGAACGACGAUUUUGGGAAUGAAUUUGAGGGAAUUAGCCGGGACGGUUAUCCAAACUGAUGAUGGAUCCAAGAAGGCAACUAUAAAAACUAACGUUCAAAGUAUUGAAAUGUCUGUGACUCCAUCUGAAUAA